CUAACCGUUUGGCAUCAGUUCACUCCAACGAUUCAUCGCAGUCUCCAAUACAAAACACAAAUUGUACAUCUCGUCUGAAACUGCACUACCGCCAUGGCUCAAUUCAAGGCAUGUAUCGUCGGUCUGGCAUUGAUCGGGCUCUGCGUAGCCGACACAGUCAAGAACACUGACACCAAGACCGCUGCCAAACGUAGCGCCGAUCUGUCGUACGGUCUCCCGUCGGCGUACUCCGGACUAUCUUCCGGCUACGGUUCCGGUUCCGGUCUGUCUUCCGGCUACGGUUCCGGCUACGGCCUGUCCUCCGGCUACGGUUCCGGCUACGGUCUGUCUUCCGGCUACGCCUCCGGUUACGGUCUGUCUUCCGGCUACGGUUCGGGUUACGCGUCCAACGCAGUACCAGUCAAAGUGAGCCAGUCCGAUCAGGUGGUUUCCGUCUCCGUGCCACAACCGUACGCCGUGCCAGUCACCCGUCACGUGCCAGUGUCCGUGCCCCAUCCCGUGCCAGUGUCCGUGCCAAGAGCCGUCCCGGUCAGCGUACCACACCCAGUCCCAGUGACCGUCGACCGCCCAUACCCCGUUGAUGUGCCACGCAGCGUACCAGUCAGCGUACCACACCCAGUCCCAUACCCAGUCAGCCGCGCCGUGCCAUACUCCGUCCCACAACCGUACCCAGUAGAAAUCCAACAACACGUGCCAGUCUCCGUCCCGACUCCCGUCAUCGCACCGUCUUACUCUGCCGUUUCAUCGUACGGAUCUCUAGGAUACUCUGGCGCUUCAUCGUUCGGAUCUCUUGGAUACUCCGCUCCGUCCUACGGAUCAUCAUACGGACUKUCCGCUCCGUCAUACGGCUCUUCCUACGGAUACUCCGCUCCGUCAUACGGAUCUUCCUACGGAUACUCCGCUCCGUCGUACGGAUCUUCAUACGGAUACUCCGCUCCGUCAUACGGAUCUUCAUACGGAUACUCCGCUCCGUCGUACGGAUCUUCAUACGGAUUGUCUCACGGACUCUCGUCAUCCCUGUCCUCUUACGGUGGAUCUUCGCUGUCCGGUUCGUCCUACGGACACGGUCAYGGCGAUUACAAGAAAUAAAAUGUAUCGCGUCCGAAAACGCUUUAUUACAAUAUGCAACCGCGCUGAAUCCGAAACCCAUCCAGAAAAUCUCACUCGUCUCACCCACCAGCAACCGUCACCGUCUAAUGCAGUACAACUGUAACACUGUCUGCACCGUGGAGCCGAAACAGCUGCUUCCGGUCGUUAUUCAAUAUUAUUAUUAUUAUUAUUACAAUAUUAUACUGAYGU